UUGAUUGGUGGUGCGCCGCCACACCUCAUCCGGAAACCUGCAAGUUUUACAUGGCGCACGCCGGUUACAAUAACGUCAGGCCGAAAUGCCGGUCGGAUUUCCGCACAAUGACUGUCGGAGUCGCCCUGGAAAGAGCCAUCCACGCCCAGAACACGGCGAAGAGUCACGGCAGCAACUGCCGUGGCAAAAGAAAGAAGAGGGUUUGGAUGGACUGCGAUAAGCUCAUUGCCAACACCGUUCUUCAACUCAACCGGACACUCGACGGCGUUAAAGAUAAUGGCCCUGAUUGGACUAAUCAGACUUUUUGCGCCGACGUCGAUGCCCAGACGUGGCUCAGCACCGCCCUGACCAACAUCGAGACGUGCCGCGCCGGCGCCGUCGAGCUCAACGUUUCCGGCGUCAUUGAACCCAUCGUUUCCAGCAACGUCUCGGAGCUCAUCAGCAACUGCCUGGCGGUCAACGGAGUUUUGAUAGACGAACACAACUCAACCGCCACGGACGACGACGAAUUCCCGAUCUGGAUAUCCGCCGGCGAACGGCGGCUAUUGCAGAGUUCAUCGGUGGCGUCACAGGCAAAGUACGUAGUUUCCAAGAAGGGAAGAGGCGAUUUUCGGUCCAUUCAGGCUGCAAUAAAUCAGGCAACGUCGAGACGAAGGGGGAAUGAAAGGAUUGUUAUCUAUAUCAAGCGAGGCGUUUAUAGAGAAAAUGUGAUCAUAAGCAGUAAGAUGAGUGGAAUCAUGCUGGUCGGCGAUGGCCUGAGAUACACUAUCAUCACCGGCGCACGUAGCGUCGGCGGUGGGUACACCACUUACAGCAGCGCAACUUUUGGGGUUGACGGCCCAGGAUUCAUUGCCCGUGGCAUAACGUUCCGGAACACGGCGGGUCCAGGGAAGGGACAGGCGGUGGCGCUCCGAUCAGCCUCCGAUCUCUCCGUCUUCUACAGCUGCGGCUUCGAGGGCUACCAAGACACGCUCUUCGUACUCGCCCAGCGACAGUUCUACAAAUCAUGUUACAUCUACGGGACCAUAGACUUCAUCUUCGGCAACGCCGCGGCGGUGUUCCAAAACUGCCUAAUCUACGUCAGAAAACCGCUGUGGGGCCAAAUCAACGUCGUCACCGCCCAGGGCCGGGGCGACCCGUUUCAAAACACCGGAAUUUCCAUCCACAAUUCCCAAAUCCGGGCGGCGCCGGACCUCGAGCCGGUGGCGCGUUUUUAUCAAACGUACCUCGGCCGUCCGUGGCAGCAAUACUCGCAAACGGUGGUCCUAAAGAGUUACAUAGACCGGCUUGUGAACCCGCAGGGGUGGCUGAGGUGGCAAAACUCCGAUUUCGCUUUGAGCACGUUGUACUACGGGGAGUACCGGAAUUUCGGGCCCGGAGCUUCGACGAGGUUAAGGGUGAAGUGGGCGGGGUACCAUGUUAUUACUAGCCGGAAUGUUGCGUCGAGGUUUACUGUUUCCAGCCUUAUUGCCGGCCGGACUUGGUUGCCUUCCACCGGCGUCCCGUUUACUGCCGGCUUGUGAUCAUCGGAUUGUGUUUAAUUUAUUUCUUGUGGAUUUUUGGUUUCAUAUUUAGUUGGAUUUUACAUGUCAUGCUGUUAUGACAUUCAAUUCUUGAGAAGAAUUAAUACAUCCUCUAUUG